AAACAUUGUUUACCGUAAAUUACUGGUACUUGUAACUUCCGUUCUGAUUUUGCCUGUUAUCAGUACAUGUAUAGCGAGUGUUAGCAGUUGUAUGAGGACUUUCUCUGUGCUAUAUGAAAUCCAUAUUGAUUGAUGCACAAGUUUCCAUACCAGUUAUGCUUGUUACAAGGCUGUUUGUUAAUUUGGCCGUGAUUCUUUGAUCGCAGUGAAGAUGAAAUUUAGAAAGGCCAAAGCUCCCGCUCCCGGCGUGGAGGUAACUGAGAAGACGGAAGUUUCCGUUAAAACUGAGACCUCCAACAAAGGUGCGGUUAUUGAGAAGUCCACAAAAACCGAAACGUCCACUUCGGCCAAGCUGAAAGGCAAAGUGGUGAAAGCCACCUCCUCGGUGGACGUUAGCGAUGCGCACGAGUACAGCAAAGAGGUCAUGACCAACAAGAUUCCUGAGCAGAUCCUGCCCGAGGAGAUUCCCACCGCCCGCCUCAUUCUGCGCCGCGACCGCGUGACACACUGCGAGGAAAUUGGGGCGGCGGUAAUGAAGAUGCGUGCCAAUGACAAGGCAUACGACUGUGUCAUCAUUUGUGGGACGGCCAAAAUCCCGGCGCACCGCGCGGUCCUCAUCUCGCAUUCGGAGUACUUCAAAAAGAUUCUGUUCGAGAGCGGGGACAAGAUGAUGGUGGAUGUGCCGACAGAUGGCAUCCCGCCGGAGGGCCUGAAGGCCAUUGUGGACUACAUGUACUCGGGGGAGUUAAAGGUUACGUUCGAGAAUGCCGUGGACACACUGUCUACAGCCAAUGUUUUGCAAAUGCCGCAGCUAGUCGAGAGAGCGUCAGAUUUUAUAAAUACGCUGCUGGCUGAUGAGAAUCUUAUGACGACGCUAGAGCUGGCCGAGCGAACCGGCAGCAAUAUGCUUUACUCGGAAGGUUACAAGCGUUUGGCGCGACAUUUCUACGUGCAGACUAAACUUGCCGGCUUCCUGUUAUGGGACAUCGAAAACGUGAUCAAACUGCUGAGCAGCGAUCACAUCGUCAUUGAGACAGAGCUGCACGUGUUCACCGUGGCUGUUCGGUGGAUGCUGCACAAGGAGAGCGAACGGCGUAAGCAUUUCAAGCAGCUGAUGAACUGCGUGCGCUGGGUGUACAUGACCACGGAGGAGGUCAUGAGCUGCAUCGAUCAAGAGCCGGAGCUCUUGCGGCACCACGAUGUUCUGGGACUCUUGAUUGAUGCCACAUGGUACACGACGUUGAAGCACUACAAUUUCACGUGGAAGGACUACGUAAUCCCACUGCCCCGCAUUGCGUCGUUGCGCAAGGAGGACCCUGAUGUCGUAGUGCAGCGAAUCCGCGUUUCGCUAGCUAACCGGCAUCAUUCCUAUGAUCACGUGUGGAACCGACGCGAACCAAAGAGCCUGUUUAUGCGGGAGAACAAGCAUUUCUGGCAAGGCCACUCCCACUCGCGCUCCAAGAGCCGCUCACCCAGUUUGCAUGACCUGACCAGUCCGCAUGCCAGCCACUCGCACCGCAUCGCAUCUCCCUUCCGCCAUCGCUCCAAGCACAAAUCCCUCUCCAAGAGUAAAUCUACCAAGUCGCACGGCUUUUUCUCGCGCAGUCGCUCCAAGUCUAAAUCCAAAUCCAAAUCAAAGUCCAAAUCAAAGUCCAAAUCCAAGAAGCAUCACAAACCACACACCCCGGCGGCCGUGUCCCGCAGUGUCUCGCGGAUGCGGAAGGCUUUCUCACGCAGCCGCAGUAAGGGCAAGACGAAGACGGAGAAAACCGAGACUUCCACCAAAUCCAGGAGUCAUUCGCCCUUCAAGAACCUGGGACCCGCGAUUUCUCGGAGCGCCUCCCGCAUUCGCCAGGGGAUAAAAAAGAAACUUCCAUCGCUCAAGCGGGAUAAGAGUGCAUCCAAGAAGGAGAAGGUGGAGGUAAAGAAGGAGGAACACACGGAAGUGUCACGUGGCCGACGGCGUUUUUUGAUUUUCCGCUGCGGGAAUCGCAGUAAGAGCGCCAAAAAGGAGGUCUCCACUAAAACGGAAAAAUCCAAUAAGGACGGGUUGGAGGCCACGAAGACCACGACGAAGGUGGUGGUGACGGGGGAUAGUAAAGUGAUCGUGUAGGCAUGAAGUGCGAAUGGCAAACGCACACGGGGCAUGCUGCAUGUGGGCGGUGCAUGAAAGCUGAAACAGUGAAGCUGAUCCUUGCGGCAAGCAAAUAAAACAGACUCAAGAAAACGACAACUGACGUUGGAUGACCCCAGUUGUUUUUAUUUUUUUAAUUUCUUACACAAUCAUGUUGUUUUGACUUUUCAGUUACCUUUGUUCUUAAGUUUUUACCUGUUCACAGCGGGAUAAUUAUGGUCAUGAUAGAAUGUUGGGUUAGCAUGACCUAUUUAUCGCUCAACCUGCAUUGAAAUUCGGUCAGUUAGAAGCGCUCCCCAAACC